CACCGAUUGGCUCUGCUGGCUGUCCGUCUGUUAGCAGGGUAUAUUUAGCUUGAUGGCAUUAUCGGAUCAGGUUAGCCCACCGCUGCUCCCACGAUCCAGAGUGACGAGCGCCUGUCUCGCUUGCAGAAACUAGCCCAGUAGCUGUGGCUAAUAAGUCACGCUAACAGCCACAGAGUUCUUUUUAACCUAUACCAUUUCACUUCAAGGAGCGACUACAGACCGUUUGACAUGUCUUCAGACGAAGACAGGGCCAAGGAGAUUUUGAAGGGCUUCAAACUAAACUGGAUGAAUCUUCGAGAUGCAGAGACGGGGAAAGUUCUGUGGCAGGGAACUGAUGAUCUGUCGGUACCUGGAGUGGAGCAUGAAGCUCGUGUCCCUAAGAAGAUCCUGAAGUGUAAAGCCGUUUCCAGAGAACUCAACUUUUCCUCCUCUGAGAAGCUGGAGAAGUUCAGAUUGGAGCAGAAAGUUUUUUUUAAAGGACAGUGUUUAGAAGAGUGGUUUUUUGAGUUUGGUUUUGUUAUCCCAAAUUCGACCAACACAUGGCAGUCUCUGAUAGAAGCAGCUCCAGAGUCCCAGAUGAUGCCAGCCAAUGUUUUAACUGGUAAUGUGAUCAUAGAAACAAAGUUCUACGAUGAUGAUCUUCAUGUCAGCACCUCCAGGGUACGACUCUUCUAUGUCUGAACUCUGGACCCUGAAUCUUCUGUCCACAAUGCUGAAGUCCCACCAAGGUCUCUAGAACACCGAGCUUCAGCUCAACCCACAUCUAGCUGACUGGAGUCCAGCACGUCCUGCUGGGAUCCACUACCGGUGCACUGACUUUGGUCGAUUACUUCUUCACUGCAGAAAUGGAAAGCUCCAGACCUUGAGGGGAGAGCAAAGAAGAUAGGAGAGAACUGUUUCCUCUGGUUCAACAUCACCAUCCCUCCGACUGCUCUAUGUAAAUAUUAUACAAGCUGAUCUCAAGUCAACCUAUGAGCCACUUCACGUCUACACAACAUGAAUAGUGUUCUUACUUUAAUCUCUUUAAGGUUUCACUUACUCAGGAACAAAACAUCGGACUUGUAAUUGUUAGAUAAUCUGGUCACCGUCUGUGCUGUCUUCAUCACAAUAACAAGUCUUUCUGCUGUGUCUCACCACAGUUCCUACGCCUCCAAUCAGCCUCCGGGUUUAAUCUUUGCUUAAGACACACUACACAAAUAUUCUAUAAACAUGAUUCACAUAGAUGUUAGAUCGCCUCUGUUUUGCCUCUCUGAGAAUGUCAUUUACUACGUCAGGCUGUUUCUUCUUAAAUUCUCUAAAGGUUUUCUAGAAUAAGUCUGAGAUGAGACACAUCUUCUACCAAGCAAUCACUUCUUCCUUAUGACAUGGACUGCAUUGAUACGUUUCUAAUCAACUCAACUCUUCAACUCUUGGUUUUAGCUGGUGCAUGAAUUCUUGGAUUCACUUCUAAAUCUUACUAGACACAUGUUAUUACAUGAUGGUAAAUGCACAUUCCUGGUUAUUUUACGUUUUGGCCGCUCAUUCAGCUCGUUGCAUUCAUGUAAUUUUGAUGUUUUUUUUUUCUUAGCAGUUGUAUGAAGUGUUUAAUAUAGAUUUGUGUUUUAAUAUGACAACAGUU